GCGGCGCGGGGCAGGCCGGGAAGCGUAGUGCGCGGGGCAGGCCGGGCCGAUGGCGGGGCUGGAGCUGCUGUCGGAGCAGGGCUUCCGCGCGGACGGGCGGCGCGCCGGGGAGCUGCGCAAGCUGCGCGCCCGCAUGGGCGUCUUCGCGCGGGCCGACGGCUCGGCCUACAUCGAGCAGGGCAACACCAAGGCGCUCGCCGUGGUCUACGGCCCGCACGAGAUGCGCGGCUCCCGCAGCAAAGCGCUGCACGACCGGGCGCUGGUGAACUGCCAGUACAGCAUGGCCACCUUCAGCACGGGCGAGCGCAAGCGCCGGCCCCACGGCGACCGCAAGUCCAGCGAGAUGACGCUGCACCUCAAGCAGACCUUCGAGGCCGCCAUCCUCACCCAGCUCUACCCCCGCUCGCAGAUCGACAUCUACGUGCAGAUCCUGCAGGCAGACGGCGGGAACUACUGCGCCUGCGUGAACGCGGCCACGCUGGCCGUCAUCGACGCCGGCAUCCCCAUGCAGGACUACGUGUGCGCCAGCUCGGCCGGCUUCGUGGAGGACACGGCCCUGGCCGACCUCAACUACGUGGAGGAGGCGGCCGGGGGCCCGCAGGUGGCCCUGGCCCUGCUGCCCAAGUCGGACCAGAUCGCGCUGCUGGAGAUGAACGCGCGGCUCCACGAGGACCACCUGGAGUGCGUCCUGGACGCCGCCACCGCGGCCUGCCGGGCCGUGCACGCAGUGCUGGACCAGGUGGUGCGCGACCACGUGCGGGAAGUCGCCACGCUGCUGGGGGAGUGAGCGCCCGGGGGGGGGGCACUGACCUGCCUCCAGGCCUGUGGGGGUUGACUGCUGCCUCCUGGGCACGGGCCCUUCCCUCAGCCCCGGGGACGCUGGGCCAGCACUGGGAUGUGUCCCCUCGCCGCGUGGAGACGGACCCCGGUGCCCCUCGCUGGGCGACGGGCACCACCGCUGCGCUCUGGCACGGCCUGCGUUUUGGGCCUUGGCGGGAGGUGCCUGCCUGCAGGGCCUGCACCCUGGGCGGGGGGCUACUGUGGCUCAUGGGCCGUGCCGGGAGCCCAGGCCAGUCCCCUGGUAGGAGUGGGUGUUGUUUUGGACAAGCAGCUCUGAAUAAAGUGUUAUUUUGGUGCAA